AUGAAUAUUAGUAGGAAUUUGUUUUAUAAACUACUAUUCCUAUUAUCAAAAAGGCUAUCAUUGACAUUAAGUCUUUAAAACUUCUAGCCAGUCCAUAAGCCUUUCCAGUUGAUUAUUUUUUUACAAAUUUUCCUAACAGAGGAAACAUCGCUACAACUCUCAUAUUAUAACCCAGACCAAUAAUCACUGUUCCAAGAAUAGGAUCGUAUUAGGUUAAAAUAAAUUGUCCAAACAAAGAUGCAAAGCUGGAAAAUAAAAGCCACUCGUGACCUUUUUAAAGCCAAUCAUAACCCAUUCCCAUUAACCAGUUAAAAAAGCCAUAGAAUGUGCAUAUAGAUGAUAUUCUUGUAGAAUCUAAAGUAUUUAUCUACCAAUAAGAUGAAAGGUAAGCAGGUAACAAGGCGUCUAUAACAUUGGUUACUAGUAAACUAGAUGCGAUGA